AACUCCAAAGUACAUAAAAAUCAAAAUGUCAAAUUAAAACCAGCCCAGCCAGCACCAAAAACGACGAACCUCUCCUCCUCUUGAAACCCUAAUUUCGAUACCAAAUCCGAUCUAAGAAGAAAACCAUGGAUGCCAUUGAUUCAGCAAUCGAUCCUCUCAGAGAUUUCGCCAAGAGCAGUAUUCGUCUCGUCCAGCGCUGUCACAAACCCGAUCGCAAAGAAUUCACGAAAGUUGCUGUGCGUACUGCGAUUGGAUUCGUGGUGAUGGGAUUCGUUGGCUUCUUCGUCAAGCUCGUCUUCAUCCCAAUCAACAACAUCAUCGUUGGAUCUUCUUAGGAUACUUACCUUUUACCAGACAAUGCACCGAGGAGUAGGACAAGAUGAUCGACAUUGUCAGCCUCAGUGGGAAGCUCUAUGCCCUGCUAUGUUUUUGUAGCCAAAUUUUUAUGUUCUUAUUAUACGAUUUCACUCAUCUUUUUGCUCUCUUAUUCCAAGUUUUGAUCAUUUUUAUGUAUGCAAAAAUUAUUUUCGCCAUCAAGGAGUAUCUUUUUAAAAA